AUGUUGGCAACCACUGUUGUUAUGCUCGCGCUCGCCGCUUGCGGCUUCGCUCAAGCUCCUGCUGGAUACAAGACUGUGUACCUCACGUCCAUGGUCGACAAGACGUUCGCCAUUGUCCCGAAAGCUGCCAAGGCCGGUAGCACCACUGUUGUGCAGACUCUUGACAGCAAGCCAGAGCAACAAUGGUACCUGAAGGAAGGCAACUCUACAAUUCAGCUGGCCGGAACCACACUCUGUCUUGAUGGUGGUGCCAAGAGUAACUGGAAGGACAUGGGAACCGUCUACCUGCAAAACUGCUCCGCUACGGCAGUAGCUCAGCAAUGGGACGUGAUGGCCGACGGCCGAAUUGCGCUCGCGCCAUCGAGUCCUCAAGAAUGUCUCGAUCUCCAGUACAUGAGAGCUACUGUCAACAACCCAGUCGGGCUUUAUAGCUGCGCGGGUCUCCAGAAUGCUGGUGCGGGGGACAAGGGUAUCAAUUGGCCACAAGUCAAUGCUACUACUUCUUGAAGUCGGUUGGCUAGGGGUAGAGAAUGAAGUCUGGAGGAAGAGG